AUGUCGACGAACAAGGACCCCGAGCUUGCAAAAGAUGGCCUCGAAGUCACGGCCUCUCUCUCCUCCUCCAAAGAUGCUAACGCACCAGUCCCGAUCGAAGGAACGACCGAGCAUCUGCCCACAUACGAGCACGAGAAGUCUCUGACAUGGAAGUUCGACCUGCGGAUCCUGCCUAUGUUGGCAGUCAUGUAUCUCUUCAAUGCGCUUGACAAGGGUAACUUGGGUAACGCAAAGACGGACAACAUGGACAAAGAUCUCGGUUUCGUGGGAAACCAGUACAACAUCAUGCUGAGUAUCUUCUAUGUACCGUAUGUCGUCUUCGCGCCGCCAAUUGGUAUGCUGGGAAAGAAAUAUGGACCACAUCGCGUGCUGCCGAUUAUGAUGUUCUGUUUCGGUAGUGCGACACUGCUCGCUGCUAGUGUGAAGAAUUGGAGUGGUAUGAUGGCUUUGAGAUGGUUUUUGGGUAUGGCCGAGUCUGCCUUCUUCCCCUUGGUCAUUUACUACCUGACCACCUUCUACCGACGAGGUGAGCUUGCAAGGCGACUGGCCUUGUUUUAUGCUGCAUCCAACAUCGCAAACGCUUUUUCUGGGCUGUUAGCCUUCGGUGUGUUUCAGAUUGAAUCGAAGCUCGACUCGUGGCGCUAUCUGUUCAUCAUUGAGGGAGCGCUUACAGUCUGCUUUUCAUUCUUCGCCUACUGGUACCUUCCCAAGAAUGCCUUCGAAGCCAAGUUUCUCAACGACUCAGAAAAGCAACUGGCAUACACUCGUAUUCAGAUCGACUCCUCAUCAGUCGUCGACCAGAAGUUCAAUUUGAAAGAUGCCCUUGGUAUCUUCAAGGAAACGUCAACCUACGGCUUCCUUGCCAUUGAAGUCUGUCUCGGUGUACCGCUACAGUCCGUUUCACUGUUUCUGCCACAGAUUGUAGCGCGCCUAGGUUAUGAUAAGAUCAAGACGAACCUCUAUACCGUCGCGCCCAACAUCGUUGGAGCUAUUGUUCUUCUAAUCUUGGCCUUCGCAUCAGACUAUACUCGCCUCCGCUUCCCAUUCAUCGCUCUCGGCUUUCUGCUCACAUUCAUCGGCUUCAUCAUCUACGCCACCAUCGACGUAGAAAACUCCCUCACCGUCGCCUACUUCGCCUGCUUUAUGAUGACAUGGGGCACGUCUGCACCUUCCGUUCUCCUCUCAACAUGGUACAACAACAACGUCGCGGACGAAAACCGACGCGUCACUCUUACCUCAGUUGGUGUGCCGCUGGCAAACUUGAUGGGUGUUGUUAGUUCGAACAUCUUCAGGCCACAGGAUGCGCCAGAGUACAUACCUGCGCUGGCCACUACAGCGGCUUUUGGAGCGACGGGAUGUUUGUGUGCAGCACUGCUUGGUGCCUACAUGGUUAUGGAUAACAAGAGGAGGAACGCGAAACAGGGCGUCAACCAUACCGCAAAGGAUGUAUCGACUGCGAAACUGAGAGAUGGACCCAAGAACCCGGAAUUUAGGUGGUUCUUGUAA